AUGGAAGAGCGCCUGGCAGCCAAGCAACGCAGCAUUCCUGGGCGCGUCCUGUCCGUGGUCGAGGCGCUCAACAUGCCUGCGGGUAGCGGCCUUCCGGCGCGACGCAAUCCUGCGCCACCAUCCAGACCAGGCAUGACCGCAAGCUGGGAGGCACCGAGUGGGUAUGCACCGGAUGGCGCGUUUCGUUUUGUUGGGGUUCCUGCUCACAUGCGUCACCUCGAAGACGACCGCUACAUGCGUGACGGAUACGCUGGUCUCGAAGUGCUCACAACGAUGGAAUGCUUCUCAGCGACGGACCUGGCGGACCUGAAUGAGCUGGUGGGCGAGGCCGAAGACGUGAACGAGUUCUUUCUUCGACCUCGCGCCGGGCCACCACCCAGUCCGACCGAGUUAGAGGCGCUGCUCGACUCUGUCCAGAUGCGUCGUGAGCUGGCAUCAAUCUUGUCGGUCUACGAUCCUCACGAUCUGGCACUGCGUGCAUUCAGUAUGACUACGUUCAUGCGCCGCUUGUUGAUCCGGUACCGGACCAUUCGCGGGGAGAUGCAGGCGACCGGGUCGUCCACGAUCGAGAAGCUGUUGACCGCCCAGAAGGAGAGCUCCCAGUUCGAGGCUCACGUCACGCGGCUGCAGGGACAAUGGAGAGCUGUCUUCAAUGACCUCAAAGAGACGAAAGAGGCAACAGCGGCACGGUACCGGGCGGACUUCAAGAAACUCAUGGUGGAACACGAGGUCGAGAAACAAGCGCUACGAGACCGAAUCGCUGCCUUGGAGUUCAAGCUCAAAACAUCCAGUACGUGGGUCGAGUCCCUCGAGUCUGAGGUCUUCAACGUCGACCGCAUGAUGAACCUCCUUAACAGGAACCAGACUAAGGUGACUGGCAACUGGAAGCGUCUGGAGGAGUUGUUCAAGCACCACCGAUCCGUACCACGCCUCCCACCGAAUGGCAGACUCUGA